AUGAAUGAACGGCCAUCCAAAAUACCCUUUUCUAUUAUUCGAGAAUUAAGAUGCAGAAAUUGCCAAAAUAUAAUCAGUUGUGGUCCUGUGCACGUCUUACCAGAUGAAAAUGUAUUAUGUGGAAGAUGUAAACAAUAUGCAAAAGAAAUCUAUCGGAAUUAUCCAUUCGAAGCUUUAGCAUCGAUGUUCUUCUAUCCUUGUCGAAACUGGGAUGGUCGAUGUCCGAGGAUUCUUAGAUGGAAUGAAUGCAUGAUACACGAAGAUGGAUGUUCAUAUGAAAGUGGCUGCAGUCGUUUCUGGAAGCAUCCUAAAGCUUUUUUAAAAGGAAAGAGAGACAUGCCUUAUGGAGAUAUAAGACUAGUAGCCAUUCCAGAAAAACUUCUCGACUUUAUAAAAUGCGUCCAAUGCGAAAGUUAUCUAUCUUGUGAACCAGUCUAUAUCCGAUCUGAUGGAAAAAACAUCUGCCAUAGAUGUAUCCACUCUAACGGUGUCCCACCAGAUUGUAUUAGAAAUUUGGGAUACGAGAUAUUAUCCAGCAUUAUAAUAUUUCCUUGUGUAUUUAGAAAUAGAGGUUGUCCCACGAGAUUAAAGUUCGGUACAGAUCUUUGGCACCAUGAGGCUGAGUGUUCGUACAAUCAGAUGUUUAAGAAGAAAAUGCCCGAAAUGGAAAUGGGUGUUUUUAAAAGUAAUGUCUAUGGUGAGUUGUCAGAUUUUGAAUUAAAAAAGAAGUUAGUACAGUCAUUAAAAAACAAGCAAGAAAAAAAGCUCAAAAAAGCCGAAGAAAUUGAAGCAGCCAUAACAAGGAUGAGUUCAGAGGAUGGUUCGGAUCGAGAUUCUGAUAAAGCUAAUUCUUAUGACAAACAUUUGUCCGAAGGAUCAAGUUCACCAUCACCAACAAGAUUGGAAGAUAGAGACCAGAAACUAUUAUCACCUAGUAAUGGCGAUUAUAAACCAGCAUCACCAGUAUCACCAGUUUUUGUGAACUCACCUGAAGAUUUCCUUCACUUUAAUUAUAACAAUAUCCGACCAAACAGUGAAAAUUAUCACCAAAAUAUAAAUUUGGCCCAAAUUCAUUAUUCACAUCAAAAUAGUAAUGUUUCAAAUCAAAAUACACACUACAAAAAUGAACAUGCUGCUGAUAAUGAAUAUAUGCGAAAUGUGUCUGAAAAUAAUCACUUUAAUCAACAUGGUUACUAUGACGCUCCUUUAAGAAGUCCUUCUAUACUCAAAACCCCACUGCAAGAACUAGAUUUCAAUCCAAUGGAUGGCCAGUCACCGAUUUACGUUAAUCCUUAUGGUCAAGGAUUAAUUCCUAAACCUUCUUUUAAGGGGGUCGUAAGAACUGAUAGUCUGUCCAGUAAUAGAGAGUUGAUCCACGAGCUGCGUGUAAGACAGAGCAGGUUCAAGAAAUCUAACGACAAGAAAGAUGUCGAAAGUCCUUAUAAAGAGUGUCAAAAUUUGGAAGAAAUAAUACAAGUACAUCAAAAAAUAGAUCAAUAGAACCAUCUUCACCAUUAGUGCCAUGGUAUGAUUAAUACUAACUAUAAAUGGAACCACAAAAAAAUGGGAUAAGAAAUCAAAAUAAUUUAUUAUUGUAUCAGUAAUGCCGUGAGGUACUGUAAGAUAAAAAAUUAGUGAUCAUUUAAUAUAUUUCAAUCUUUUGAUUGAAUUGUGUUAAAUAUUUUAACCCUUAAGUACUAACACACCGCCUGACAGACGGGUUUAACAUUUUAGUGAAUAUUUUUUUUUGUUUAAUACUUUAAUGCAAAAAAAUAUUGUGAUGACUUACUGAAAGUAUUAGUUAUCUAAAAAACACAGUAAUUAAUAUAGUUUAUCUGUAUUAUUAAAAUAAAAAACAUUAUAACACGAAUAGAUCGAUUUUUUGUGUACAUUUUUACGCCUGAAAAAAAGUGUGAUAAAAAUUAAACAAAUUAAAGAAUCUUAAUAAAAAUUUUUAUUUGGGUUAAGCAAAAAGUAAGAAAUAUUAAAAUACUAAGAUCUUUUCUUUCUAUAGUAACAGUAAGAACAGUCCUUCCUUUUUUCUACUUUUUCUACUCUUACUUCUGGACGCCGUUGAGGUUCAUCUAUACCCAUUGUCUCGCAUAUGCUCAACUGUAGUUUUCUUGGUAAAGAUAAACUUUCUAGUCUUUUGUUUAGCUGAGGUUGGAUAAGUUAAAAUGCCAGUUUUUCAAUAACAUUGGACCUUUCUAAAUAGGUAGUUAAAUAUGUUAAAGAUAAGCAUCAGAGACAAAAUUCAUAACACCGAAAUACGUCGAAGAACUAAAGUAACCAACAUCAUGGGAAAAAUAGCGACAUUGAGAUGGCAAUGGGUAGUACACGUAGCAAGACAAGACAUGAACAGAUGGUCUCAUAAAGUUUCAUUCUAGAUAACUCGAGAAACAAAAAGAAGCAUGAAAAGACCAAAAAAGAGAUGGAUAGAAGAUAUAACAGCUGUAGCUGGAAAGCAGUGGAUGAGAAUUGCAAAAAAUAGGGAAGCGUGGAAGGAAUUGGAGAAGGCCUAUGUCCAACCAUGGAUAAAUGAAGGCUGAAGAAAUAGAAGAGAAUAAGAUUAUUUUUUAAAGACUCAUAAGGAACACAAUCAUUUACUGUACUUAUAUCAAAUAUUCUGAAAAAAAUAGCCAGAAGCCAACGGCGAGUUGGUCUGCUUGUAAAUUUGGCACAUUUUUCGUCCAUUGAAUCGACAUCACUCUUUGUUGAAUUAUAACCCACUAUUAUGUGUGGUUUUUUAGUGUUUGUAGCCUCAGUAGCUGCAUGAUGAGAUGACGAUACCAAAAUUACGGCUUUAUUUUUAUGUGUUGUGUAUGAGAGUAAAGUAAUGUGUUUGGUAAAACCAUAGAUUGUUUCCAUUUCUCGUCGCUUGGUGGGUAAGAAGAUUUUUUUUACAAUUCUUACGGAGAGUUUCAAUUCAAGUUAGACCUUUAGUUCUCAAUACCUCUACCAGCUCUAUAGAUGUAAAUCAGUUGUCAAAGGUUAUAGAUCUGUUGGUUUCAUAGAGAGGAGUAGUUAAGCGCAAAACAGCCUGUGUCAGCUUAUUGUAUCUAUCGAGCAUCAGUAAAACACAUAAUUUUUAUACCAUACUUUAAGGGCUUACUCGGUAUGUACAUUUUGAAGCGACAUCGACCUCUAAAUCCCACUAGCAAUUCAUCAAUACAGGCUGAAGUUCCUAUAGUAUAGCAUGCCCGACAGUUGUUAAUAAAUUUACUGAACAUUUCUGAAAUCGGUGAGGCUGGAUCCAAAACUGUUCUCUCAUUUCUGUCUUCGGCAUUGCCAAAUCGCAAACAUAACAAAAGGGCAUCUCAUUAUUUCUUUACCAAAUCCAUUAGUAGCAAAAACAGUAUUUAAGUUUUCAUUGUUUGAUUUAAAUAGGCAUAUAAAUGCUAAAAAUCCCAAAAAUGCGUGAAGUUCUGUCAUGAAAGGUCUUUGAGAGAGGGUGAAUUUUGAUUUUUGUACUUGGGUUUUUCUUUGCCGAUUUUCACAUUUGUCUAUCUAAGAAUUAUGUUGCAAAUAUUAUCACUGAAUAAUAACUUCCAAACCUACAAAGUGUCUGCACUGUCUCCAAUUUCAGCUGCAGGGCGUAAUCCAGGUAACUGUAGAACUAUAUUCUUCUGUGGAUGCCGGCUUCUAUUUGAAGUGGGAGGAUUUUUUGACCAUUUGUAUCUAUUUUUGUAUUUUGUCUCCUCUGGAUGGUCUUCUUCACUGCUUUGGUAAAUAUUAUCUUCUCUAUAAGCUUGUUCUACCUCAUUUUGUGCGGUCUACAGUCGCGUUUCUACUAUUGAUUACGGUCUACCCAGGAUUUGACUUACCCUCUAUUUCCGAUUUCGUUUCGUGAUCGCUAUCAAUAGCAACAUUUCCAUCACAAAUUGAUUCAAGUUCGCUUAUGUCGUCAUCUACCUCAUCAAGCCAUUUCGAAAGAGUUUCCUCAUAGUUUUUAUCCCCAAAUUGGACAUUUUUUGACGUACAGGGUCCCUCAUCCAUUUUCAGGUAAAUAGUAAAUAAAUACGAACACUAACAACCUGUCUAUUAGACGGAAAUCACACUUUGAAUUUAAAGAUUUUUGGAAUAACAACAUGCAGCAAACUGCCGAUCUACUUACAGCACAGUAUAUUACUUAAAAAGCAAUAUACUGUGCUAAUAGUAACAACACAACUUGAAAAGUCAUAAACGGGUGAUCUUCAAAAUUUUUUAGGUAGGGAGAUACCCCACUUUCGACAAGCGAUGCCGCCUGAGACACGGGACGUUAGUACUUAAGGGUUAACAUAUAUAUCGCCCUUUUAAUCUCUUUUAAAAAUAUUGCUAAUGACUAAUUUUAUAACUAAAUUGAUGUCUUCUAUCACUGUAUAAACUCUAAGACACACAGUAAAGUGAAAAAGUUAAACAUUGGAAACAAAUUAUUAAAAAUUUUGCAGUGCAUCUAAAAUAUUAUUUGGUAAAAAAUCUCAUUGUAGUGAUAUCUUAUAAAAGGCGGCUUAAAUCGGUAUUAACCCUGGACAGGCGAUAUAUUUUUAGAGUCAACUAUAAUGUCUGUAAAUUUUAAAAUAUUAUAUGUAAUUUUAAAUUAUUUUAUUAAAGCGUUUAUCAGUUGUUCA